UAUAAAAGAAUGAAUGCUUGGAAGACGCUGUAAUGAUAUUCAAUCCGUUUCUUUUUUUCUAUUUAGAUUCGCGGUUCUCUAUGAGAACGCAGACUACUGCCAGCCGGAUACGUGCUCCUCGAAGCCAAUGCGUAAGGGUGUGGUUGAAAAAUUGAAGGAAUGGUGGAGAGAUAGGUUUGGACGAUGCCCAGGGGGAUGCCAGGAGCACGCGGACGAAGAACGUUGCUUGGCCGCAAUCAGUUACAACAGCAAAGAUAUCGUCAGUGAUAGCAGCAGAAUUCAUCCGAAAAAAAAAUAUACUAAAUCCACCUCUGCUCCGCAAUUAGGUAUACCCAGAGGUCGUAUGGUUUUCAAACAUAGCGUUUGCUACAGUUCCGAAGGAUCGACCACUUACUCCGACAGUCCGGCCAAAUUAAGAUAACAAAUGGACAAUGAAAGAUGAUUGUAAACAUCGCGGAUAACAUGCGCGAGAAAAUUAUAUUUUUCCUUUAAGAUGUAUCAUUUAACUUUAGGAUAUUUCUAUUAAUAAAAAGUGAAAUUUAAUA